AUGGCUGCUAUUCAAUUAUCUUUCGCUCUCCGCGUUUCUUCCAGUGUAAAGACCGUUCAUUUACUUGGUAGCUGGGAUAACUACGCUGGUCAACUUCCACUUGCUAAGGACAAGACUUCCUCGAAAUCAGGUAGCUGGAAAGGUACAUUCAGAUUUCAAGGCACCACUCUUCAACCUGGUCAAAGAUAUUGGUAUUACUACAUCAUCGAUGGAUACCAUGUCUCACACGACCCUGCCAUAUCAUCAACUACCGAACCAACUACCGGUCGCGUCCUGAAUAUUCUUGACGUCCCAGCCGAAAAAACUUCAAGUCGAUCCUCCAAGUCCAGUUCAUCAAGCUCCAAGCAUUCCUCCAGCUCAAAAUCAUCCCAUUCCUCCUCACAUUCAUCUGCCCGCAGAGAAUCCCGCCGUGACUCACAUCUCAGCGUUGACAUCCCAAAAGGACGACCCCUCUCCAUCUCUCAAAUCAAAUCUCCCAAACCCUUGUCUCCACACGCCACCAAGCACAUACUCGAAGCUGACUACGCCGCUGGUCCAACUGUCGACGAACUCACCGCACGUUUUGGUGCCACCACUAUGGAAGAGUACGAAUACUACGAUUACGAUCUUCCAGGAUCACCAUCUUCGUCUGUCGGUUCUACCAUUUCCGAUACCAGCGGUACAAGCUCACCAUCUUCUGCUUCGAGUGUGAGCGAUUACUCAUCAGGUUCCAAUCAAUCAUCAUGCACGUGUGAACGAUAUGGAAUUACGAGAAAGGGAGACAGAAUCAAGUUGGAUUGUGGAGGUUCUCGAUGCGCGUACAGCGACUCAGAAUCCUGUAGCUCAGAAGACGAGGUCGAAUACUCGCAAUCAUCUCGCCGAAAUGGAAUCGUUGUCCGUCGAUGA